AUGUUGACCAACGGCACCAACCAUCGGCCCUCCCCAUUGUCCCCGUCGACUAUUCAUAUCACUACACAUAAUGCUUCGGGCCAGGCGACGCUUCACAGCUCGGAGAGACCCCAAUGGACGGCCUUGAAGGAGCUGAAAUAUGCUUCUGCGUUAUUGUAUACAACGACAGCGAUGCCGCCCACCCUAAACGACGACGCAGACAUCAAGAGUCAUCAGGAGGUAGUUUUACGAGGAAAAAUCCCUGCUGUCUUGCCAAAGGGUACUGUCUGCCGCUUCGUGGAUUUUGAGCCCAACAGCAAAGGGUUCAUGCACCGAACCCAAAGCCUCGACUAUGGCAUUGUCAUGGAAGGCGAGGUGGUGCUUGAACUCGACGACGGUAGUGAGACUCACAUGACGCGCGGAGAUGUUGCCAUCCAGCGAGGCACCAUCCACGCGUGGAGCAACCCCAAUCCGACGGAGUGGGCGAGGGUCCUGUUCGUCCUGCAAGACUGUCAACCACUAUUGGUGAAUGGGAAGAGAUUUAAAGAGGACUUGGGUGCGGCCAAUGGACAUGUGCCUGAGAGUGCCAAUGAUAAAGAAUAA